AUGUCCGACAUAGGCUUAAGCAGGUCUGGUGAUAAUGAUAAACCCAGCCGUCGACACACCCUGAACCUAGGGAACUUUACUUUUCCCCGAUCCAGAACUAGAGCGCAUGAACGACAGAUGUCAGCGCCCAUGAUUGGAAGUAGACUUGCGCUUACAGAUCCGGCGCCGUCGAUACGCCAUACGGAUAUUGAUGAAAGGUCCAUCCAACGGCCACGAUCUCUUCCUCCGCAGGUUGUUUGGCCAAGUGAUGGUAGUGGGACGUUAAAUUUGUCAUUUCUGGAUUACGCUUCGCAGAUGAAUACAGGAACAGGGACACAGUAUUCCACAAGCCGUCCACCAAGCAAUAUUACCAACACUCGCAUGCCCACCAUCAGAUGCGUCGAUUGCGAAUCCCAGUCCGGAUCUCAAUCCCAAUCACACGGACCCCGCACUACAACACCAACACCAUCCGUUGGUGCGCGCGAGAAUCCGAAUCCGGAUCAUCGAGAAAACAACAACGAAUACCUCCAGCCACCACACGAGCCGCUCCAAAAACCGUCAAUCUCCUCCAUAGUAACCCAAUCAGCCACCCGACCCGGCCCCGCAUCUACAUCUGCAUCUAAAAUCUCACUGUCCUCUGAGAUUGGCCAGGCGGGUUUUGGCCCCCAACAACAACGUGGAUACGAGGCUGGGGCCGCGGCUGCGGCUGUACCGACUGUAGUCCAACGUAAUACGGAGUCGACGAGAUCGUCCACCGGCACAUUUCGGUUUUAUGAACAGUUGAACAAGAAUCAAACACCGGAUCACUCCCUGAAUCAGGAUCGUGAUCAAAAUCAAGAUUUGGGUGGAGGAAAUAAUGCGCAUGAGCAGACUGAAAUUGACAUGGCCGAUCAUAAAAACAAAGAUAAGAGCUCGAUGCGAAGGAUGUAUCAGCGCAUAGUACAAAGUACCUCUGCGACUUUGACGGGGGAAAAGCAGAAAAAGGCAUUGCGCAGGAUUAGUGACGUCUUCCAGCCCAGGAGGGAUAAAUCGCAACAGCCUAGUCAGAAGGAGAAGUCGCCGGCGCCUUCUCCUCGACUUAACCACCUCCACGAUAAUGAUAGCGAUACUGACGAUACUAACAACACCAAUGCAUCUGACGAUAACGAUAACGACGACACCGACAUCAACACCGAAACCACAAAAGAAACCAUCACCACCACCCAACUUCAACUCCCCCAACCCCAAACCGAAAUUCAAACCAACACCAACAAAACCUCCCAAGACACUCACCCCUACCACCCCAACGACUACUGGGACCGCAUCCGCCAACACCACCAACCAUCCCCCUCGAUCUCCCACCAAUCGCUACCCCGCCAUCAUAACAUACACAUCCACAUAACUCGAAAGCCGUCGCCGCUCUCAUCUUGCUCGUUGGCUGAGCCACCGGAUUCGAGGGGCCAGCUAGCGGAUCAGCGUCAUGCCCAAGAUUUACGAUUGCAGUCGAGGAGUCCGAGACUUGCACCGGCUUCGAAUGCCCCGUCUGUGAAUAGUCGGGGGAGUAAUGAGCAUCAGCAUGGUAAUGCGACUGAGAAGGAGGAGGAUGGAAAGGAGGAUGGGAAUGGACCUGGACAUGGCGACGCUGAGCCAUGCAGCGCAGACACAGGCAUAGCCAGUCCCGCUUCCCAACACAGUACCUUCCACUCUAUAAACCCCCGAACAAGCCACAUGGGUGAUCAGGAAUUACCCUGGAAACUGCGCAUCCCGGGGAAUAUCAAUGAGAAACAUGAACAUGAGCACACUCGUUCUCAGGAUCCCGCUCCUCUUAAAACCACCCUCACCACAAACACAACUACCCUAGCCCCUCCAGCUGCUACCACCCCAGCAAUAGCCCCUAGCAACGACAAUAAAAAUGAAAAAGAGACCACAGACGCACACCAACAAACAACAAUCCGCACUAUAAACGAAGGCCAAUCACCCAUCGAACUUCCCGCGCCAGGCCAAGGCAGUGGGAAAGAUGACGAGAGCUCGGAUGAGGAGGUUGUUAUGUCUAGUACGGCGUAUCCGGGGCAGGAGUGGAGGCCAGCUGGGUUGACGGGGUGGGAGUAUUGA